AUGGCCACGCUGCUCCUGGGCGCGGUGAUGCUGGUGGUCCAGCUCCAGCUAGUGCCUUCCCGCCCCGCCAUGCCCGGGGCCGAGCUGGGCCAGCCGGAGCUUGUGAGGAAAGCGGCGACGUUGCAGGACGAGAUCCGGGAAGGCGCGGCCCCCAACGGCUCCGCCCAGCAGCUGCCGCAGACCAUCAUCAUCGGUGUGCGCAAGGGCGGCACACGUGCGCUGCUAGAGAUGCUCAGCCUGCAUCCCGACGUGGCGGCCGCCGAAAACGAGGUGCACUUCUUCGAUUGGGAGGAGCAUUACAGCCAAGGCCUGGGCUGGUACCUCAGCCAGAUGCCCUUCUCCUCCCCGCACCAGCUCACGGUGGAAAAGACCCCCGCGUACUUCACGUCACCCAAAGUGCCUGAGCGGGUCCACAGCAUGAACCCGUCCAUCCGGCUGCUGCUCAUCCUGCGGGACCCGUCAGAGCGCGUGCUGUCCGACUACACCCAAGUGUUCUACAACCACAUGCAGAAGCACAAGCCCUACCCGUCCAUCGAGGAGUUCCUUGUGCGUGAUGGCCGGCUCAACGUGGACUACAAGGCUCUCAACCGCAGCCUGUACCACGUGCACAUGCAGAACUGGCUUCGCUUCUUCUCGCUGCACCGCAUCCACAUCGUGGACGGCGACCGCCUCAUCAGGGACCCCUUCCCCGAGAUCCAAAAGGUCGAGAGGUUCCUGAGGCUGUCACCGCAGAUCAAUGCCUCGAACUUCUACUUUAACAAAACCAAGGGCUUUUACUGCCUGCGGGACAGCGGCCGGGACCGCUGCUUACACGAGUCCAAAGGCCGGGCGCACCCCCAAGUCGACCCCAAGCUCCUCAAUAAACUGCAUGAAUAUUUUCACGAGCCAAAUAAGAAAUUCUUCGAGCUUGUCGGCAGAACAUUUGACUGGCACUGA